CACCGCCAGCCAGCGAGUGUGAAAGAUGAAAAACGCCAAGAAGGGGGCGUGUCCAACUGGAACCGAGUCCCGUGUCACCUUCACGGUCACCUGUUCAGUCGGACGUCUCCGCUCUCCUGCAGCGCCCGAAGCCACGAUGAGUCAGUUCCGGGCAUUUGCAGGUGUGCUGAGGAGUGGAGGAUGCCCGUGGUGGCGAGGGUGUGGAGGGACCCUGUCCAAGUACAGGCCCGAUCCUAGGAGAGGUUGCUCCUCAGAGACCACACCGGCUCAGGCAGUGACCAGUAGCUCCAACUAUGUGGAGGAGAUGUACUUCGCUUGGUUGGAGGAUCAUAAAAAUGUACAUGAGUCGUGGGACGCCUUCUUCCGGAACAUGCGGGGAACAUCCAGUCCAUCUGCGGAGGAGGUUCCCACACGUCCCUCCGCCCUCCUCCAGGGUCGAGUCCUGUCCCAUUUUCCCGACGCAACACGCAAGGUUGUGGACGACCACCUGGCUGUGCACACGCUCAUCAGAGCCUACCAGAUACGUGGUCAUCAUGUGGCCCAGUUAGACCCUCUGGGCAUCCUUGAUGCUGACCUGGACUCCUUUGUUCCCUCUGAUCUCAUCACCACCAUUGAAAAAUUAGGGUUUUACGGUCUUAAUGAGUCUGACCUGGAUAGAAGCUUCCGGCUGCCUCACACCACAUUCAUCGGGGGAGGAGAGACCACUCUCACGCUUAGAGAAGUCAUACGGAGACUUGAGGCGUCCUACUGCGGUCAUGUGGGAGUGGAAUUCAUGUUCAUCAACAACGUGAACCAGUGUCAGUGGAUUCGCCAGAAGUUCGAGACGCCUGGAGUCAUGCAGUUCGCCAACGCCGAGAAGAGGACGUUGCUGGCGCGCCUCAUCAGAUCAACACGAUUUGAAGACUUCCUGGCCAGGAAAUGGUCGUCAGAGAAACGUUUCGGUCUGGAAGGCUGCGAGGUCCUCAUCCCCGCUCUGAAAACCAUCAUUGACAUCUCCAGCGCCGCCGGCGUCGACAGCGUGAUCAUGGGGAUGCCGCAUCGGGGUCGACUCAACGUCUUGGCCAACGUGAUCCGUAAGGACUUGGACCAGAUCUUCUGUCAGUUUGACCCCAAGUUGGAGGCGGCGGAUGAAGGCUCGGGGGACGUCAAAUACCACCUGGGAAUGUACCACGAGAGGAUAAACCGUGAGACGGACAAGAACAUCACGCUGUCCCUCAUGGCCAACCCCUCCCACUUGGAGGCGGUGGAUCCCGUGGUGCAAGGCAAGGCCAAAGCUGAGCAGUUCUACAGAGGGGACACGCUGGGGAAAAAGGUGAUGUCCAUCCUGAUGCACGGAGACGCUGCCUUCGCCGGGCAAGGUGUGGUGUACGAAACUUUCCACCUGAGUGAGCUCCCCUCUUACACCACACAUGGUACCGUCCAUGUGGUGGUCAACAACCAGAUUGGCUUUACGACAGACCCUCGGGUUGCUCGCUCGUCUCCUUACCCGACCGAUGUGGCUCGAGUGGUCAACGCUCCCAUCUUCCAUGUUAAUGCCGAUAACCCUGAGGCCGUCAUCUACGUGUGCGGCGUGGCUGCAGAAUGGAGGAACACCUUCAACAAGGACGUCGUCAUUGACCUUGUUUCUUACAGGCGCUUUGGCCACAAUGAAAUGGAUGAGCCCAUGUUCACUCAGCCGCUGAUGUACAAACAGAUCCGCCGGCAGGAGCCUGUGCUGAAGAAGUACUCUGACAAGCUCAUUGCUGAGGGAGUGGUCACGCUGCAGGAAUUUGAGGAGGAAGUGGCCAAAUAUGACAAAAUAUGCGAGGAGGCCUACACCAGUUCCAAGGACGAGAAGAUCUCGAACAUUCGACACUGGCUGGACUCCCCCUGGCCUGAUUUCUUCACGGCAGAAGGAGAACCUAAGACCAUGAGCUGCCCUCCCACAGGACUGGACGAGGAGGUCUUGCAGCACAUUGGCCGGACUGCCAGCUCGGUGCCUCUGGAAGAUUUUACAAUACAUCCCGGUCUGUCUCGCAUCCUGCGCAGCCGAGCGGACCUGGUGAAGAAUCGUCAGCUGGACUGGGCCCUGGGCGAGUACGUGGCCUUUGGAUCUCUUCUGAAAGAUGGCAUCCACGUGCGGCUCAGCGGGCAAGAUGUAGAGAGGGGCACUUUCAGUCACCGCCACCAUGUCCUUCAUGACCAAAAGAUGGACAAACGCAUCUGUGUUCCCAUGAAUCACCUGUGGACAGACCAGGCUCCGUAUACGGUCUGCAACAGCUCCCUGUCGGAGUACGGUGUCCUAGGGUUCGAGCUGGGCUUCGCCAUGGCCAGCCCUGACGCCCUCGUCCUCUGGGAGGCCCAGUUUGGAGACUUUCACAACACGGCCCAGUGCAUCAUAGACCAGUUCAUCAGCUCGGGCCAGGCCAAGUGGGUCCGCAACAACGGCAUCGUGCUGCUCCUCCCGCACGGGAUGGAGGGAAUGGGUCCGGAACAUUCAUCAGCCAGACCUGAGCGCUUCCUGCAAAUGAGCAAAGAUGACCCGGAUCACUUCCCUGACUUCAGUGGAGAUUUUGAAGUGCAGCAGCUGCACGACUGUAACUGGAUUGUGGUCAACUGCUCCACGCCUGCUAACUACUGUCAUGCGCUCAGACGGCAGAUUCUGCUGCCGUUCAGGAAGCCGCUGAUUAUUUUCACUCCGAAAUCCCUGCUCAGACACCCUGAGGCCAGGUCCAGUUUUGACGACCUCAUCAACGGUACUAGAUUCAAGAGGCUGAUCCCAGACCAGGGACCUUGCAGCCAAAGUCCAGACCAAGUGAGAAGGUUGAUCUUCUGCACCGGCAAAGUCUACUAUGAGCUGACCAAAGAGAGGAAGCAACAGAACCUGGAGAAAGAAGUCGCCAUCAUCAGACUGGAACAGAUCUCUCCUUUCCCCUUCGACCUGGUCCGAGCAGAGGUGGAAAAGCACAACAGCUCGGCCGAGCUGGUCUGGUGUCAGGAGGAGCACAAGAACAUGGGCUACUACGACUACGUCAGACCUCGUUUCCUCACCGUGGUGGCCAACAAGAGACUCGUGAGAUACAUCGGGCGGGACCCUGCCGCCGCUCCUGCCACGGGGAAUAAGUCAACCCACCUUAACGAGCUGAGGAAGUUCAUGGAAACAGCCUUCAACCUGAGCGCCUUCCAGGGAAGGAAAGCUUGAACUGGACUGGAGGUGCAGUUUUCUCUCCGGUUUCUUUUAUUUUUCAUCAAUUUAUCGUACAAGGCAGAAGGAUUCAAAAUGGACCUGACAUGCUUUCACUACAGACACUCUCAUGUGCCAACAUGUAAUGUAUCAAUUACAUCCUUUUAUAACGGUUUAUGGAGAGUCUGUAAACCUGUAGAACCUCAGUCAGUCUGAACGUAGCACACAUAUGAAACAUGCACAAUUAAUACAAACUGUUUUAAUGCCUGCCAUUAAAUAAUUAUUACCAAAUAAUACUACUAAGCACAGCAGAUAACCGAAACUUGAAUAUAAUAGGUUAUCACUGAAGUAGUAGAACUUUUGCCAAGGUAAAAGGGUUAACCCUAACCCUAAACCUAACCCUAACCCUAAACCCUAACCCUAACCCUAACCCUAACCCUAACCAACUCUUUUUCUUUAUGCCUGACCCUGGCCCUAAUCCUAAUCCUAACCCUAAUCCUAACCCCAACCCUAACCACAACCCUAACCCUAACCCCUAACCCUAACCCUAAUUUUUUUUAGCAUAGUUAAUUGUUUUGCAAGUAACUAACUUAAAAUGUGUAGUAGGGUUGUACGGUAUACCGGUCCUAAUAAAGUACCGCGACACUAAUUGAUUGAAAUCGGUACUAUACUACCUUAGAGAAGUACCGGUUUUGUUCUUUCAUCCGAAUGCUGCUGUGCGGCGGUAACUACAGAGCCGAGGCGCAUGAUGUUGAGUGAGUCGAAACAUGCACACACAAAGUGCAUACAAGCAAUAAGAUCUCGGAGAGGAAAAAUGGCAAAAAAACCCCGACAAUUCUACUGGUUAAUAAAGAGGGUGGUGAAGCGCAAUUUUGAGGUAUUUGGGCUUCAAAACUAACGUAAAGGUGGCGCUUUAAAUAGGGAGGCUGCUUAAAAAACACGCCUCGCCAAAUGUUGCGAUUAGUAUUAGCACCUUUGCUUCAAACUUAGGUAAACAUUUAAAUAACAAGCAUUCAGAUCUGCACAAGGAGUUAUAAAGAGUGACAGGUAAUGUAGUUGUUACACCUGUCCUGCUGUUCUGCUCCGGUGCAGACCGUAGUCGAGGAGCACAGGGCAGACGUUCCCUUCAGGGUCGAUGUUUUUGCCGGGAGCCCAGCUGUGUACAUAUAUAUAUAUAUAUAUAUAUAUAUAUAUAUAUAUAUAUAUAUAUAUACCGUAAUUUCCGGACUAUAAGCCGCUACUUUUUCCCCUCGUUCUGGUCCCUGCGGCUUAUACAACGGUGCGGCUUAUUUACGGCCUGUUCUUCUCCGACACCGAUGAAGAGGAUUUCGGUGGUUUUAGUACGCAGGAGGAAGACGAUGACACAAUGAUUAAAGACUGACUUUUCAUAUACCGGUAGGCUGGUUAUUUUGAUAACGUACAGGCGAGCACUUUGUAUUACUUUGCACCGUUGUAUUAUUUGUACUCUGCACGAAUGCUGUUCGCCAUGUCAAAGAUGUGAAAGUUUGAUUGAAUGAUUAAAAGAUUUAUUGUUAAUAAAUGGGACACUUUGCAUUCCCAAACAGUCAUCUCUGUCCCGACAAUCCCCUCCGUGGUAGCAAGAACCCCUAUAUACUACGGUAAUUACACAUCAAAACCCUGCGGCUUAUAGUUGGGUGCGGCUUAUAUAUGGAGCAAUCUGUAUUUUCCCCUAAAUUUAGCUGGUGCGGCUUAUAGUCAGGUGCGGCUUAUAGUACGGAAAU